GGCGGCGGCGCAGAGGCGGCGGGGAUCCCGCGGGCGGCUGGCUGGGACGGCGUGGGCGACCCGGAUCGCGGGCGCCCGGAGCCCCGUUUCAGCCCGAGGGGAGGUAGCUGGUUGAGGGCAGUUCUCCAUGAAUGUACGUCACCAUGAUGAUGACCGACCAGAUCCCCCUGGAACUGCCACCCCUGCUCAAUGGGGAGGUGGCCAUGAUGCCCCACUUGGUGAAUGGAGAAGCAGCCCAGCAGGUCAUUCUUGUCCAAGUUAACCCAGGGGAGACCUUCACCAUAAGAGCUGAGGAUGGGACACUGCAGUGCAUCCAAGGACCUGCUGAAGUUCCCAUGAUGUCACCCAAUGGGUCCAUUCCUCCCAUCCAUGUGCCUCCAGGUUAUAUCUCACAGGUGAUUGAAGACAGUACCGGAGUCCGCCGGGUGGUGGUCACACCCCAGUCUCCCGAGUGCUACCCACCGAGCUACCCCUCAGCCAUGUCUCCCACCCACCACCUCCCGCCGUACCUGACUCACCACCCGCACUUCAUUCAGAACUCGCACACAGCUUACUACCCUCCUGCCACCGUGCCUGGAGACAUGCCGCCCCAGUUCUUCCCUCAGCACCACCUGCCCCCCACCAUAUAUAGUGAGCAAGAAAUUAUCCCACUGUACGGAAUGUCGAGCUAUAUCACUCGAGAAGACCAGUAUAGCAAGCCACCCCACAAAAAGCUGAAGGACCGCCAGAUCGACCGCCAGAACCGCCUCAACAGCCCACCUUCCUCCAUCCACAAGAGCAGCUGCGCCACGGUGUACAACGGCUACGGCAAAGGCCACAGUGCUGGAAGCGGGGGAGGAGUCGGCGGUGGGAGCGGAGGUGGACCUGGGCUCAAAAAGACGGAGCGGAGAGCAAGGAGCAGCCCAAAGUCCAGUGAUUCGGACUUGCAAGAGUAUGAGUUGGAAGUCAAAAGAGUACAAGACAUUCUUUCGGGAAUAGAGAAACCACAGGUGUCUAAUAUCCAGGCAAGAACAGUUGUGCUGUCCUGGGCGCCCCCUGUCGGACUGUCCUGUGGACCCCAUGGUGGUCUUUCCUUCCCUUACAGCUACGAGGUCGUCCUGUCCGACAAAGGGCGAGAUGGGAAAUACAAGAUCAUUUACAGUGGAGAAGAAUUGGAAUGUAACCUGAAAGAUCUCAGGCCUGCCACUGAUUACCACGUGAGGGUGUAUGCCGUGUACAAUUCCGUCAAGGGAUCCUGCUCUGAGCCAGUUAGCUUCACUACCCACAGCUGUGCACCAGAGUGCCCCCUCCCUCCCAAGCUGGCACACAGGAGCAGAAGUUCACUCACCUUGCAGUGGAAGGCACCAAUUGACAAUGGUUCAAAAAUCAGCAGCUACCUUUUAGAAUGGGACGAGGGAAAGAGAAACGGUGGCUUCAGACAGUGUUUCUUUGGGAACCAGAAGCAUUGCAAGCUGACAAAACUCUGUCCAGCCAUGGGCUACACGUUCAGGCUUGCUGCUCGGAAUGACAUCGGCACCAGUGGUUACAGCCAGGAGGUGGUGUGCUAUACACUGGGUAACAUCCCACAGAUGCCUUCAGCACCCAGGCUCGUCCGAGCUGGCGUCACCUGGAUCACACUGCAAUGGAACAGGCCAGAAGGCUGCUCACCUGAGGAAGUAAUUACCUACACCCUGGACAUCCAGGAGGAUGAAAAUGAUAACCAUUUCCACCCAAAGUACAGUGGAGAAGAUCUAACCUGUACUGUGAAAAAUCUCAAAAGAAGCACGCAGUACAAAUUCAGGCUGACUGCCUCUAACAUGGAAGGGAGGAGCUGCCCCAGCGAGGUCCUGGUGUGCACAACCAGCCCUGACAGACCUGGACCCCCGACCAGACCCCUCCUUAAAGGGCCCGUCACGUCUCAUGGCUUCAGUGUCAAGUGGGAUGCUCCAAAGGACAGCGGUGGCUCAGAAAUCCUAAAGUAUCUGCUGGAAAUCACAGAUGGAACUUCAGAAGCUGGUCAGUGGGAAGUGGCCUACAGCGGGUCUGCUACGGAGUAUGUCUUCACCCACUUGAAACCGGGCACUUUGUACAAACUGCGCGUCUGCUGCAUCAGCACCGGUGGGCACAGUCAGUGUUCUGAAAGUCUCCCUGUUCGCACACUAAGCCUUGCGCCAGGUCAGUGCCGACCACCGAGGGUUUUGGGUAGACCAAAGCACAAGGAAGUCCACUUAGAGUGGGAUGUCCCUGCAUCUGAACGUGGCUGCGAGGUCUCCGAGUACAGCGUGGAGAUGACGGAGCCUGAAGACGUAGCUUCAGAGGUGUACCACGGGCCCGAGCUGGAGUGCACUGUCGGCAACCUGCUCCCUGGAACUGUGUAUCGCUUCAGAGUGCGGGCUCUGAAUGAUGGAGGGUACGGGCCCUACUCUGAUGUGUCAGAAAUCACCACGGCUGCAGGGCCCCCAGGGCAGUGCAGAGCACCCUGUCUGUCCUUCACGCCUGACGGAUGCGUGUUGGUGGGUUGGGAGAGUCCUGAAAGCCCUGGAGCCGACAUCUCUGAGUACAGGUUGGAAUGGGGCGAAGAUGAAGAAUCCUUAGAAGUCAUUUACCAUGGUCCAGAUACCUGCUUUGAGAUACAAGAUCUCUUGCCUGCUGCACAGUAUUGCUGCAGACUACAGGCCUUUAAUCCAGCAGGUGCAGGGCCGUAUAGUGAGCUUGUCCAUUGCCAGACACCUGCCUCUGCCCCUGACCCUGUGUCCACGCUGUGUGUCCUGGAGGAGGAGCCCCUCGUUGCCCACCUGGACUCGCCCUCCGUGUGCCUUGUACUGAACUGGGAAGAGCCGUGCAAUAAUGGAUCUGAAAUCAUCGCUUACAACAUCGAUCUCGGAGACACUAGCAUUACUGUGGGCAAUACUACCACACACGUGAUAAAGGACCUCCUUCCAGAAACUACAUACCGGAUCAGAAUUCAGGCUAUCAAUGAAAUUGGAGUUGGACCAUUUAGUCAGUUCAUUAAAGCAAAAACUCGGCCAUUACCACCCUCGCCUCCUAGGCUGGAAUGUGCUGCAUCUGGUCCACAGAGCCUGAAGCUGAAGUGGGGAGACAGCAACUCCAAGAUCCAUGCUGCUGAGGACAUGGUGUACACGCUGCAGCUGGAGGACAGGAACAAGAGGUUUGUUUCCAUCUACAGAGGACCCAGCCACACCUACAAGGUCCAGAGACUGACAGAGUUCACCUGCUACUCCUUCCGAAUCCAGGCAGCAAGUGAGGCCGGGGAAGGACCUUUCUCAGAAACCUACACCUUCAGCACAACCAAAAGUGUCCCUCCCACGCUCAAAGCCCCUCGAGUGAUGCAGUUAGAAGGAAAUGCGUGUGAAAUCCUGUGGGAGACGGUACCACCAAUGAAAGGCGACCCUGUCAACUACAUUCUGCAGGUAUUGGUCGGAAGAGAAUCUGAGUACAAACAGGUGUACAAGGGAGAAGAAUCCACAUUCCAAAUCUCAGGCCUCCAGAGCAACACAGACUACAGAUUCCGUGUGUGUGCAUGUCGCCGCUGUGUGGACACCUCCCAGGAGCUCAGUGGAGCCUUCAGCCCCUCUGUGGCCUUUGUGUUACAGCGACAUGAGGUCAUGCUGGCAGGCGACACAGGGAACAUGGACGAUCCCAGGAUGAAGGGCAUGAUGCCUACUGAUGAACAGUUUGCCGCCCUCAUAGUGCUUGGCUUCGCAACCUUAUCCAUUUUGUUUGCCUUUAUAUUACAGUACUUCUUAAUGAAGUAAAUCCAGCAGACUGGAGUCGGAGUGGAAUGCCACAUUUUAAUACACAUUUACUCAGA